AACCGAGACAGCUUUGCCGAAGCAGAAAUAAGAGGCAAAGAGAAAAGAGCAUGAACCGCACAAAGAGACCGAAAACAAACUCCAAGCAUGCAGCUUGCAGACUCCACUAGCAGCAAGAGAGAAUCGCCAAUGGAGCAAAAGGCCCUGGAAGGUCCAGUAUCAGCUGGGAGAGAGCUUCACUGGAGUUGAAGGGCAGAGUUCUCAGCUGAGACAUGCACUGCAGAAGAUGUUUGCCACAAGCGGGGACCGGCUGGAAGAGGCUGAAGGGACUGGACCCAAAGAUGCAGGUUGAUGUUCUGCUAGGUCCAGGGAGCAGCUUCGUCCUCAAGAGGAUCCUCCAUAUGAACCGAACAUGGUGCUUCUUAACACCCCCCCUAAGGGCCUUUGUCCGGCAUCAAGGAGGAUAUCUGGGGGGGCCAUCUCAACCUACCUCCCCUCAACUAAGCCAGAUGGCGCUGAAGAAUGUGGCCACUUCUGAAGCCAUCGAGAAACACAAGAAGUACCUGGCCGAUUGGUUCCGCCAGCAGCCCAAUGAAGAGAGACAGUUCGGGCCAUCCUUCUCGCUGGACACGGCCCAUGUGGACCCGGUCAUCCGAGAGAGCUCGCUGGAGGAGAUCCUGAAGCCGUCGCCUGAGAUGACCGUCCAGAACCAACUCCAGGCCCCCCUCAGCGAUAUCAUCGGCCUCCCAAACCUUUUUGACGUGGAUGCAUGUGGACGCCAAGUGAAAAACGUGGUCCUUUACGGCACGGUGGGCACCGGGAAGAGCACCCUCAUCAAGAAGAUGGUGAUGGAUUGGUGCCAUGGGCGCCUGCCACGCUUUGAGCUGCUCGUCCCGUUCUCCUGCGAGGACCUAUCCCAGAGCAGUGUGCCCAUCUCCCUGCGGCGCCUGAUCACCAAGAAGUACUUGCACCUCCGGGAAGUGGUGCCUACGCUGGGUUCUACCAACCUCAAGGUGCUUUUCAUCCUCAACGGCCUGGACCGUCUCAACUUGGACUUCCGCCUGGCCCACACGGAACUCUGCUGCGACCCCAAUGAGCCGGUGCUUCCGUCAGCCAUUGUGGUCAACUUGCUCAGGAAGUACAUGAUGCCAGAGGCAAGCAUCAUUGUCACCACCCGCCCCUCAGCCGUGCGCCGGAUCCCCAGCAAGUUUGUGGGCCGCUACGUCGAGGUCUGUGGUUUCUCCAACACCAACCUUCAGAAGCUGUACUUCCAGAUGCGGCUGAGCCAACCCGAUUGUAGCGGAGCUUCUGGCCCUGCCACAGCGGAAGAGUCAAGAGAAAGAGACAAUCUGGUGGAGAUGCUUUCCAGGAACUUGGAACGGCACAACCAGAUCGCGGCUGCUUGCUUCCUGCCUUCCUACUGCUGGCUGGUCUGCACUACUUUGCACUUCCUUUAUUUUACCAAGUCGGUGCCCCCCGCUCAGACCCUCACUGGCAUCUACACCAGCUUCUUGCGGCUCAAUUUCAGUGGGGAGGUUCUGGACAGCACCGACCCUUCCAACAUCUCUAUGAUGAAGUACGUGGCCAAAACUGUGGGCAAACUGGCCUACGAAGGGGUGAUGUCACGGCAGACGUCUUUCUUAGAAGAGGACUUGCGCCGCUGCUUCGAGGUGGAGAUGAAAGUGGAGAGUGAACUCAACCUCCUGAACGUCUUCCGCAGUGACGUCUUCCGCUUUUUCCUCACUCCCUGUGUACAGCCAGGCAAGGAGCACACCUUUGUCUUCACCAUUCCUGCCAUGCAGGAGUACCUGGCAGCCCUUUAUGUAGUCCUAGGCGAGAAGAAGACCUUGACGCAGCGGGUGGGCAAGGAGGUCUCCGAGGUCAUUGGCAAGGUGAGCGAAGACGUUGCGGUGGUCCUCAGCAUCGUCUCCAAGUUCUUGCCCUUGCGCAUCUUGCCUCUGCUCUUCAACCUCAUCAAGAUCUUCCCCCGCUACUUCAGCCGAUUUAGCAGCAAGGACCGCGACACCAUCGCGCACACCAUGGCGGUGGAGAUGUUCAAAGAAGAAGACUACUUCAAUGACGACGUGUUGGAUCAGAUCAACUCCAGCAUCCUCGGGGUGGAGGGCCCCAUGCGCCACCCAGAUGAGGCCUCUGACGACGAGGUCUUCGAACUUUUCCCCAUCUUCAUGGGUGGGUUGCUGUCACGGCGUAACCGGGCCAUCUUGGACCAGCUGGGUUGCUCAAUCAAAAACCUGGCAGCCUUUGAGAUUGCCAAGGCCAUGAAGAAGACAGUCAUCCGCAACAGCCGUAAGGGCCUGCCUCCAUCCGAGCUCAUGGACUACCUCUUCUUCCUGCACGAGUUCCAGAACGAGCGCUUCACGGCUGAGGCCAUCCAGUCCUUGAGGACCAUCAACCUCUCUUCCGUCAAGAUGACCCCGCUCAAAUGCUCUGUCCUGGCUUCUGUGGUGGGCACCACGAGCCAUGAGGUAGAAGAACUGAACCUGGCAUCUUGCCACCUUGAUGUCAACAGUCUGAGGACUCUCUUCCCUGUCUUCCUGCGAUGCAAAAGGCUCCACUUGCAACUCAAUAGUUUGGGGCCAGAAGCUUGCAUGGAGAUCCGAGAUCUGCUUUUGCAUGAGAAAUGUAUGGUGAGCACAUUGAGGCUCGCUGACAACCCCGUGACCGAGCAGGGUGCCCGCUACCUCGCGGAAGCCAUUGCGGGCAACAGCUCCCUCAGCCACCUGUCGCUGCUGCACACCUCGCUGGGGAACCAGGGUGUGGAGGUGAUCUCCCAGCACCUGGCACAGAACAAGCACCUGAGGGAACUGGACGUGGCCUACAACUCGGUGACCGACGAGGCUGCACUGGCCCUGGUGGAGGAGGCCAAGAGGCACACGACGCUGGAGAAAGUGCAUUUGUACUUCAACGAUAUCAGUGAAGAAGGCAAGCAGGCCCUGCACGAGCUGCGCAAAGACCGCGACGGCGUCAAGGUGCUCGUCUUCCUGACGAUGGGGGCCGACGUGUCCGACUACUGGGCCAUCAUCUUGAACGUGGUCCAGAAGAACUUACCCAUUUGGGACCGCGAACGAGUACAGCAGCAUCUCGGCCUGCUCCUGAAGGACUUGGAGUGCAGCCGCCGCCAAACGGCCAACCCCUGGAAGAAGGCCAAGUUCAUGCGGGUGGAGAACGAGGUCAAGAGAAUGCUGGGCAAAAUUCAACAGGGGACUCUCUAACCCGGUGGCGCUCACUCCGCCCCUUGUGGAAAGACACAUUCACGGUUACCGUCAACCUAAAGAGCCGCAUUUACUUCCAUCUCUAGCAUGAGGCCUGCACCUCAGCGAGGCUCACAGCUUACACGUUCCUCUGGCAGCGAGUGUUUCAAGGUGGGAGCCACCUGCCAACCACAAACCCCACCAGGCAGGGUCUUGUCCACUUUCCUGAAACAGGGGCAAGUGCCGUCUUGGGGAACCCUAAGCUAGCUCUCUUACAUGCUCCCUUUGCAUCGAGGCAGAAUGAAAUUGUUAUGUCCCCAGUGAGUAAAUAUAUCAGCAUAUUG